AGUAAAUACAAAAAUUAUAAUUAUAAAUGCAAAAAUGUUGACGAAUAAAAGGAUUUGGACUAAUAUAGCUGUAUGCAUUGGCUGUCUGUUGGUAUUUUGUGAAUGCGUAAAUUACCUGCCUUCAGUGUCUCAAAUUUCACCAAAGUCCACAAAACUAGAAGCCAGUGAUGGAUCAUCAAAACUAACUGCAAGACUUGAAAGCACUCUAAUAGACCCAAGCUCUGAAAACCUUGACAGAACACAUCCACAUUCCCGAAUAGAACGAUCAGCGUUACCAAUUCUAAAUGAUAUUAAGAAAAAUCCGAAUGACUUGGACGAUGUAGAUGAUGAAGAAGUCAUCGAUGUUCAAAAAGUUGAAGCUGGACGAUACUUUCAAUAUAACAUCAAACCUACAGAAACAUUAAGUGAAUUAUCUGAAAAUGCAAAAAUAACAAAGAGUUCGCGAGAGGCCAAAGGUCUAACGGUAGAUGAUUCUUUUUUAUCGAAAGGGGACCUACGAUCGGUUUCAUCGGGGUCCCCCAACGCACCCAUAGCUCCGAGUACUGCUACUCCGAUCUCAGCGACUGCUCCGGUGCCUAAUCAGGCACGACAAAAUCCAAAUCCAGAUAUACAAGAUAUUAUAACGGGUAUUGUUAAGUUACUCAAUGGAAAUGUUAAUGUUCAUGCAAAUAAUCAAGUUGGUCACCGAAGACCUACAGCCAGUAGAAUUAACAAUCGUGGUCCUCCGAGAAUAUCUGAUGUCCAGACACUUCCAAUGGACUAUGAUAUUCAGAAGCCUCUUCCAGAUAGCUCAAUACGUCCUCCUCCAUAUCCCUUUGAUCGACCGGAAAGACCUUUUAUAACAGGUGUUCCGAUUCCAGAACAAAUAGUUCCUUAUAGACCUGGAUUCAUAAGCAACCGUCCACCAUGGCACAGGAAUCGCCCUAGACCACCUAUCAACACCGGAAAUGGUGGCCGUCGACCGAUUCCCCAAUACAUGCCACCACCAGAUUUGAACGAACACCCUGAACCCUCCGAUCAUUUGGAAGUUCCAAACCUAAGUCAGCCAAAUAAUUCAGACCACUCAGAGCAAGAAGAAGAGGUCCAACUAACAACUUUAGAAAAUGAAAAUGAAAAUAACGAAACCGUUGAAGUAGCUCCAACUGACACAACCUAUGACAAUGAUCUUCCUAAGGAUGACGAAUUUCCCAAUCACAAAGAUGAAGACUCAUCAAGUAAAUUGGAAUUGGAGUUACCAUCAAUAAUAACAGAAGAAGUUCCUAUUAAAAAAGACGAAGACAAAAAGAAGAAACCAACUUCGAAAAUCAAGUCAUCAGAGAAAAAAGUUAUCCCUGCUAGUACUGAAGAUUUCUCCAAAAUUAUCGAAAGUACUUCUGUGGUAAGUUCAAUGUCCACACCAAUUUUGUCUUCAUCUUCGUCAAACUAUGAACCAAUGUCAAAUGAAGACUUUAUUAAUGCGUCAUCGGAGGAUAUCAUUUUUAUGACCACAUCAGCACCUAAGAAGACUCCAUCUUUGGAGAUUAGCACAAGUUCGUCAUCAACUACCCCAAGCAUAUCGAUAAAGCCUCCUGAAACCACUACUUCAACUGAGGUUCUAAUUGAAACGAUCUCAAGUUCGAGCACAGAAGAGGCACAUAGUACAUCAGCUACGUCAAGUUCAUCGGCUGUUCCCUAUCACCCUCGUCCUGGAAUUGUUUUAGACGAUCCUGAGUUUAAGCCAGGUGGCCAUGCACGACCUCCUCUUGGAAGACCUCCACGUCCUCAGCAACCAAAUAUACAGCCAACUCGACAACAAUUGCCUCCGGGGUAUGGAGAAAUCUUCGAUGUUACUCUGUCAGCUAUUCAAGGUCCUGGUUCAGGAACAGGGUCUCAGCAAACAAUCAAUAUCAAACCAUAUGGUUAUGGAGGACAACAGGGUGGGUCUAAUAAUAAUGGUGACAUUAUAGUUUCGCCUUCUGGUGAUGAUGGUUUCGUUUCAAUUGAUGGUAAAAGGACCUACAUAAACUUGUUUGGAGACCCUACAGAUCCACCAGGUGUUGCAGCAACAACUACUGCUGGCUCCACAACACCGACCACUUCACAGAUUCCGAAUAACUCUAGCCCACAACCCAAACCAUCGUAUCCAUCUCCACCGCCUGGAUCAGGAACUGGAUAUGCAGUUCCAGAGACCGAAGUUGUCGAUGUAACUCCAUCAAAACCAAGCACUAAGCCCACAACACAUACGAAUCAAACCCCUUCGCAGAGACCCCAUUACAGGCCAAGAACUACACAGCCUCCGGUAAGGAUCGAUACCUGCAUUGUAGGGGAUGACUCAACUUGUGAUCAAGCACAACAUGAAAGGUGUAAGACUGAAAAUGGCGUCUCCAGCUGCCAUUGUAGACCUGGAUACUCACGUCGGAAGCAUCGUGAACCAUGUCGCAAAGUUGUAUCAUUCUUUGUUGGUCUUCGGGUAGAUCGAUUCUAUGAGCAUAGAAUAGUUUGGGACAAUAAGCUUUUAGAUAGAACCAGUGAACCAUAUAGUCAAUUGAGUUACGAAUCUACUAGAGCUAUGGAUUCUGCGAUGUCAAUGACUCCCUAUUCCGACGAAUUCAUAGAAGCAAAGGUUAAUAACAUCUACCGAGGAGAUCCAAGUCAAGGUUCGCCUGGAGUUUUCGUCAAUCUAACUUUAAAGAUUGAAGAGAAUGCUGAAACCCUCCGACCAAAUCUACGAAGUGAUGUACAAAAACAUCUCCUCGGUGUGAUACAUCGUCGAAACAAUAACAUUGGCAACUCUGUUCUUUAUGUUGAAUCACCUCAAGGUGCUAUCUCAAGUAUUCAAGAUUUAGACGAAUGUGAAUCAAAUGAACUUAACGAUUGUCAUCAACAUGCUUCGUGUAAAAAUAUCUGGGGAAGUUUUAGGUGUGCAUGUGAAGCUGGCUUCCGUGAUCCUUGGGCUGAUCAAUUUCAACGAGCCGGUCGGGAAUGUCAAUCAUGUCCUGAUGCUUAUUGUAAUAAUCGUGGAACUUGCAGUUACAAUGAAGAGGGUGCACAAUCUUGUGACUGUGAUGGUAGUCAUUAUGGUGGACAGUGUGAAAUUGAUGGCGAAGUGCUGGGAGUAGCUAUUGGCGCAUCUGUAGCUGCUUUAAUUAUAAUUGUCCUAACUCUUGUUUGUUUGAUAAUGUGGUCUAGAAGGUGGCAGCGGGAGCAGAAAAAUGCCAUUGGAUCACCAGUUUUUGGUUAUAUGAAUACGACUCCAUUAAAAUCGGCGGGUAUGCUUCAGCCGGGUUAUCAAGUUACUUUAGAAGAUCGAAUGCGAUGGGCACAAAUUGCAGAUGUUAUGGCUCAAGCUAAUCAUUAUGGGGCAGAACCGAUUGCACAGACGCGGCCAUCUUCAGCAAUGUUCGGAUAUCCUAAUCUUCAUGCUAUGGGAUUAAAUACAAUGGGAGGAAUGUCUCAUAUGGGCAGCACUAUGCAAAUGCAUCAAAACGGAACCCUUCCCCCAGUUCCAUUACCAAGAAGGUUAGGCCUAGGAUCAAGAUCAAGUGGCAUGCGAACGUUGGAAAAUUCAAGUUCUAGUGAAGAAGAGGAUCGAACAGAUCUUUUGGGAAGAAAUUUCCAAGUUCCUCGACCAAAAAGUCGAAGUAACAAUAGUAUAGCGAAUCAAUCGGGAAUUUACUAUGACGUGGAUUAUGAGCCAUCUGGAAAUGGUGGUGGUGGCGGUGGGGGUGGUGCAGAUAUGUAUGGUUCACAUAGUCAGAGUCAUAUGUCAACGCAUAUACCAGGUCCUCAAGGUAUACCAAUGAGCACGUAUACGUCUGGAAGAGCGCCAAGUAGCUAUUAUAUGAAAUGAUAAAACGAUAUGAUAUAACUCGAUUUAUAAGCUUCCAUUUUUUGGGGAAGUUUUUUGUGUGUAAUAUGCCAUUAAGGACUUAAGAGUUAAAAACUUACAACCUAUUUUAAGGAUUUAAAUCGAUAUGAAAGAUUAUAAUUUUUGUAUCAAUAUAGAGCUUAUUUUAUGAAAAAAUAUCUGAUUAUUGGGUACAUAUAAGAUUUAACUUCAAAAUACGCUUAUUGAGUGUGUAACUUAUUUUCAAAAUUACUGUUUUCAAUAGAGUUUUUAAAGAACGUAAGAAAAUGUGAGGAUCGAUAAAGCAAUGGAUAGUAAAAAGAGACUCAUCAUUGGCCAUAUCGAUAAAAAAAAAAGCUGAAAGAAAACUGUUCAUAGUCUUCGAAUGAAUAGCCUGCUUUAUGUAAUAAACAAAUACCGGAUUUAAUGCCAUGGCAUAACUCCGUAUAAACGAAUAGAAGUGGUAAACAAAUUGCCAUUUCUAAUACAAAUUUUGCACAUUUAGCAACUUUACUGCGUUUACCAUUUGUAAAUUUAGCUUAGAAUUUCUGAUUGGUCAACUCUGCCCAACAAAAUUCUUACAAUUUAGGCAACUUUAUUGGAAAAUUUAAUGGAAAUUUAUUCAAGAAAAACCUCCUUUUAAAUUAAGACUUGCGUUUUUUGUCAACAUGUCAGCUGAUUGUUUUGAAUGCCUACACAUGAAAUAAAAGUUUGUAGAUAAUGUAUAUUAUGUGGUAUUGGUUUCAGACAAAAGUUUAAUUUUGAUUAAAGUUGAUUAUAAAUCAAGACUCUAAUGUUUCCUUAUUGCCUUAUUAAGGUAACUUAAUACUUUAUCGAUGUACGUUUUAUAUUAUUCAAUAUCUAAUCAGCUGAUAUAUUGACGAAAUUCAAAAGAAACAU